AGAUUUUUGAAUGGCUUCUGAGUGACUAAAAACGGAGGGGCAGAAUUCGAGGGAACACCCACUUCCUGGAGGUGCAGCAGCAACUGCGGAAAAAAAGAAAGAAAGAAAGAAAGAAAAAGAAUCAGACAGCAGGCAGUGGCCGUAGCGCUUUAGUUAACACGUAUAAACAAAUGGAUAUUAAAUAUCGAUAUUGUACAUCCGGGCUGUAUAUUUGCACGGGGUCAAAAAUCAUUUAAUCCAAUGAAAACUUUGGCGAAAAAGCUAAAGGCAUUGCUCAGUUUAAGGGAGCUCAGUCUGCGGCAAUAACUGGUACUUCAUCCCCAGGCUGCGAAAAGGCCAGUAGGGGCCUAUGAGUCCAGAUACGGUGACAUUUAGGUGGCUUUAUCGAAAGAAGUGUUUUUAAAAAGUAAAUCGUAUGCUCGUCCUUUGUCGUGUUAAGGUUUGCAACGUUAUUGUCCCAUUGCACAGCCGAUGUGUGUGGUACUUUCAUCGAGUUGAGCCGUGGUCGUUUUGGUUUUUAAAUAUUUUUUGUUAAGUAAAAUAUUUUGAUUUCACGUCGUCAUUUUGUAACCCACACAUAUAUAUAUAUAAUAUAUAUAUAUAUAUAAGUUGAUGCCUAUUAAUAGGGUGUUUAUUAUCUUUUGACGAGCACUCAUUUAGCUGAGUAGCAAUGUCUGCACCAUCAGCUGAAAUGAUUGAAACACCAGGAGGUUACCCCUUUGAAGAAAUUGAUUACGUGGACAUUGAUGUUGAAGAGGUAGUUGGAAGAGGGGCCUUUGGUGUUGUCUGCAAGGCCAAAUGGCGAGGAAAAGACGUGGCCAUCAAGACAAUAGAAAGUGAAUCAGAAAGAAAAGCAUUCAGUGUAGAGCUUCGACAGUUGUCUCGUGUAAACCAUCCCAACAUCGUGAAGCUGUAUGGAUCCUGUAAUAAUCCAGUUUGUCUAGUUAUGGAAUAUGCUGAAGGAGGUUCAUUAUACAACGUGCUGCAUGGUGCUGAACCUUUGCCCUAUUACACAGCUGCCCAUGCUAUGAGCUGGUGCUUUCAGUGUUCCCAGGGAGUAUCCUAUCUCCAUGGAAUGAAACCAAAGGCUUUAAUUCACAGAGACCUCAAACCACCAAAUCUUCUGCUUGUGGCUGGUGGAACAGUUCUGAAGAUCUGUGACUUUGGAACAGCCUGUGACAUUCAGACACACAUGACCAACAACAAAGGGAGUGCUGCUUGGAUGGCACCGGAAGUGUUUGAAGGCAAUAAUUAUAGUGAGAAGUGUGAUGUGUUCAGCUGGGGGAUCAUUCUGUGGGAGGUAAUAACCCGCAGGAAACCCUUUGAUGAAAUCGGGGGGCCUGCCUUUCGCAUCAUGUGGGCUGUUCACAAUGGUACUCGGCCUCCGCUGAUCAAAAACCUCCCCAAACCCAUAGAGAGUUUAAUGACUCGCUGCUGGUCAAAGGAUCCCUCACAGCGCCCCUCCAUGGAGGAGAUUGUCAAAAUAAUGACACAUCUUAUGCAGUAUUUUCCAGGAUCUGACGAGCCACUUCAGUAUCCUUGCCAAUAUUCCGAUGAAGGACAGAGCAACUCGGCUACCAGCACAGGAUCCUAUGUGGAUUACACCUCCACAAACACUAGUAACAGGAGUGAUAUAAAUAUGGAACCAGGCGACUUCCAGGCCAAUGCUACCAAUGAUACUAUCAAGCGAAUUGAAUCAAAGUUUGCACAGCAGUUUAAACACAAGGGGGAUUCGGGGCGUCUGACUUUGUCUCGAGGUGGCAGUGUGGAAAGCCUGCCAGAGGUCAGAGGCAGGCCACAGGCUGUUAAUUCUGCAGAGAACAAGAGGAUGAGUGCUGACCUGUCUGAACUGGAUCCAAGGAUACCGUUUGGAAAUACAGCACGCCCCAAGCCUAAACGAGGCCACCGUAAAACUGCUUCUUUUGGCACCAUUCUGGAUGUUCCCGAGAUCUUCAUAUCAGCAAGCAGUGAACAGCAGAGACGGAGAUCUGUUCAGGACCUUCCAGGAAUUGGGAACGAAUCCAGUCAGGGGAGCAGAAACAGCAGCCGCUCAUCCAGUCCUAGUGUGAGGAUGAUCACAUCUUCAGAAAAAGCCAGGAACUUCGGCUGGUCACCGGAUGAAUCUUCAGAUACCAAUGGUUCAGAUAAUUCCAUCCCAAUGGCGUACCUUACAUUGGAUCACCAAUUGCAGCCACUUGCUCCUUGUCCAAACUCCAAAGAAUCCAUGGCAGUGUUUGAACAGCAUUGUAAAAUGGCACAGGAAUACCUGAAAGUCCAAACAGAAAUUGCAUUGCUGCUACAAAGAAAGAAUGAGCUAAUAGCUGAACUGGACCAGGAUGAAAAAGAUCAGCAGAACACGUCACGCCUGGUACAAGAACACAAAAAACUACUGGAUGAAAACAAGAGUCUCUCCACGUAUUUCCAGCAGUGCAAGAAACAGCUGGAGCUCAUCAGAGCCCAGCAGCCGAAGAGACAGGGCACAUCAUGAUGCCCGGGACCGAGGCCUUCGCUGUCCCAGAGUCAUUCAGCAGAUAAAAGGACUGCUCUGCUUUUAUAAACUAUCUUUUACAGGUGACUUGUUUUAAGGUUGAUUGGUGUGUUCUGGAAACCUAUAUCUGCAACAGCUUUUCACUUUUUAGUGAACUAUUCAACAAGGGGUUACUGGUUAUCAGUGAGCUACUGUGUGUAAGCUUGCUGCAUAUGCAUACAGUAACUGGGCUGGGGGACAAAAGCAAGUGCACCAAUGCAGUUGGGUUUCUUUUUUAUAUUAUUAUUAUUAUUAAUUUGUUGUACAUUUGGAAAUGGAGUAGAUGUUGACAGAAAAAUCAUUUCAUAUUCCCAUUCAGUCAAAGUGCAGGUUUGUGUGCAGCCCACCAAAUUUGUAGUAACUUCAAUAUUCAUAUUUUCUGUCCGCCCCUUGGUAUUAAUAGAAUAGAACAAUUAAUAAACCAUAAAUGUAUUUCUCGUUUUAAGUCAGUUUGCACAGCUUUCAUAUUUCUUUCGUAAAUGUAUGGUUGGAAAUUGUUUAACUAGAGUUUUCUGUGCAAAAUCGAACAAAAUGCAUAGAUUAAAAAAAAAAAAAAAAAUGAUAUGCACCACCUGCUGCUACUAGUUAAUCUGUUUUGUGGGGAAAGAAAGGUUUCUAUGCAUUUAUGAAGAAAGAUUGAACAGUGAGUUCUAAUGGCAAAGGCUUAUUCUUUGCACUGUAUGCUCACAUGGAAUUCUUUCCUUUUAAUGUAAGCCAGGUGAAGCAGCAAGAGGUGGUUCUAGAACCCAGUGAAAGUGUUCCCCUUUUGGGGUGGAACAUGACACACUGGUAGUGUUUAAAGCGUUAGAACAGUGUUUCCACACUGUAAAUCAUUAGGGGGCGCUAGAGGGUGACACUUUUUUUUUUUUUUUUGCACAGAUUCAAUGUGAAGUAUGUUGCAGAUUUUAGGUUUUCUGAAAAUGACAAAGUAUCUAAAUGCCACUUUCCGGUUUUAAAUGAAUGAAGUGCAGUUAGUUUGUGCCUCGAGUUUAGCACAUGAUAGUCUGACUCCUUAUUUGGAGCAGUGCAAAUCUAAAUUCAAAGGAAAUGGAAGGUUUUAUUAAAUCCAUGUUUCAGAAUUGAUUCCAAGCUGUUGAAACUUUUAAAUACCAAAUGUUUCAACAUUAAGUCAAACAGGAAGUUCCUCUGAACGAUUGUAGGUCAGCUUAGCAAACUCAUAAAAAGAAAACUCAAAUUUCAUUCAAAAUCUUUAUACCAGAACUACUUGUACAUGUGGGUCAUACUUUGAAACGGAAAGUUGUCAUUACCAUAAAUCACCUACUUGAAUGUGAAUUUGAGAAUGUCUUUGAAACAUGCUAAAACAAUGGGCAGUUUUGUUGUGGGUAGGCAUUUUGCCUUUUAUGGGUUUUUCAGUAAUGUCAGAUGCCAAACUCCGUUAAUAAAACGUUGCUAUGGCUAUACUGCCAGCUGUCAGCAGGAGGGUCAAUCAGGAUACUGCUGCAAAGUAAUGAUGUAUUAUUUUAAUUCUACCUAGGGCACCCAUAUUCAGAAAAUGCACACACUUGAGAAACUGCAGUCUGAUAGUUAGGAGCAUGAGGCCUGCCUAUUUAUUCAAAUACUGUAACUGCAAACUAAGCAUUUAUGAAACUUGUAUUCAGUUCAACGUUCACCAAUAUUUAGGAAGCUUUAAUUUUUUUUUUUUUUUUUUUAAUCAAAGCAUUUCUUUUGUUGUACUGUAUAUUAACCGGAUUCACAGAGGUGGGUCGUUUUUCUAGAUUUGUCUGGUUUGCAUAUGUUUUCAGAACAUAAAUCAUAGAUUUGGUUUUAUAUGUUGUCAGUACAUUGUGUAAAAUAUGGCAUAACCGACGUAUUUCAUGUAUAGCUGUACGUUAUGUGGUUUGGACUACAAAUGCUUUUUUUUUAGGUUUUGAUGAGUUCAGAUUAUAAAUCUAUUUACUAUGUACAUAAAAUGACAGAUUUCUUAAGAUAUGGGAGUGAAAGUGGUGACGCUGUACAACAAAGGAACCAUUAUGAAAUCAAAUAAAAAAAAUAAAAAAAAAUUCAAAAAAAAAAA